CAAGCAAGGAGAGACUAGGGAUGAUAUCACGAGGUUGGUUGUUGAUACGUCCGCUAUAUGAGUCCAUUGGCAAGGAGAAGUUCGGUGGCUGUGGUCAUUCCUAAGAAUUAGGGCUUUUUUUUCUCUCUGAUCCCUCUCGUGUCGUACUACUCUCCUAGCCGUGGUCGCUAGGAAUUAGUGUUGGAGAAUACAAGGCGAAUGGGGUCUAAGGCCAAGCUUUCGAAGAGAGCCCUCGAGACGGAUACGCCUGUCAUGGUCCAGAUUCAGAAAUUGAUGCGUGGAGCUAAGGAUGCGAUCUCACUAGCUCAGGGUGUAGUCUAUUGGCAACCACCUGAACAGGCUCUAGAAAAAGUCCAAGGACUUGUUUGGGAACCUUCAAUUAGUAAAUAUGGUGCUGAUGAAGGUCUUCCAGAACUAAGGCAGGCUUUGAUUGAGAAGUUACAAAGGGAGAAUAAUCUGAAUAAGGUUGCAGUUAUGAUCACAGCUGGUGCAAAUCAGGCCUUUGUAAAUGUGGUACUUACCCUGUGUGAUCCAGGGGAUUCAGUUGUCAUGUUUGCACCAUAUUACUUCAAUUCUUACAUGUCAUUCCAGAUGACUGGCAUCACGGACAUAUUGGUUGGGCCUACUGACUCUAAAACACUUCAACCAGAUAUAGAAUGGUUAGAGAGGACUCUGUCACAAGAUCCCGUCCCAAAACUAGUUACUGUUGUAAAUCCAGGAAACCCUUCAGGGGCCUACAUCCCAAAGCCUCUUCUCUUGAAAAUGUCAGAUCUUUGUAAAAGAGCUGGUGCAUGGUUUGUUGUAGAUAAUACAUAUGAAUAUUUCAUGUAUGAUGGGUUGAAGCAUUCUUGCAUAGAAGAUGACCACAUAGUCAAUAUCUUCUCAUUUUCUAAAGCGUAUGGAAUGAUGGGAUGGCGCGUCGGAUAUAUUGCCUAUCCGGAAGCUGUUGAUGGUUUUGCGGCUCAACUUCUCAAAAUCCAAGACAACAUACCCAUCUGUGCCAGCAUCAUAAGCCAGCGUUUGGCCCUCCACUCCCUGGAAGUUGGACCAGAAUGGGUCCAAGAAAGGGUGCAGAACCUCAUAAAGAACAGAGAGAUGCUGGUGCAGGCUUUGGCUCCACUCGGGGAAGAAAAUGUCAAGGGUGGCGAGGGUGCCAUCUAUCUCUGGGCAAAGCUUCCCGAGGAGUUCCCUGACGACUACGAGGUUGUCCGAUGGCUGGUGAAGAAGCACCAUGUGGUCGUAAUUCCUGGUAGCGCCAGUGGUGGUCCGGGUUAUCUUCGAGUUUCAUUCGGUGGAUUGAAGGAGGCCGACUGUGAGGUUGCUGCCUACAGGCUGAAAAAGGGUUUAGAAGAGCUGAUGAAGGAUGGCAUGGUUGAGUAACUGUGAUCUGCUCAAAUGCACUUGCGGGGCUUCGAAGUGCAAGUGAUCAUAUGUUUCAUUUGCCUUCUUGACUGGCACAAAUAACACCUCGUCGAAUGCAAAUGCUUCUUGCAUCCAUAGUUUUUUCUUCCA